AUGGACCGGGCCUCAGCUGUGUGGAGCGCUGGCGGAAGCGCCACGUCUAGCUACGAGCGGUUCCUUCAAGCUUUUCGCUCGGUGUUUAACUACCCCGAUCACAGAAAGACAGGGGAACAACAACUGCUGAGGCUGAAGCAAGGACAGUCAACAGUGGCGGACUACGCCGUGAAAUUCCGGAUCCUUGCCGCGGAGAGUGGCUGGUGCAACAAAAGCUUACUCGCCAGGUUCAGAGACAGACAGGCAUCCAACUGUCACAAUAUCACCGAUCUACUACACACACACUACCUCUCACCCCUGUAUGCUUUGGAGUUUGCCAUUGGCUUCCCCUGCAACCUGUUUGUGGUCCUGUUCUAUGUGUUUUGGCUGCCGUCUUGGAAAUCUAUAAAUGUGUACAUGUUUAAUUUGGCAAUUUCUGAUCUCAUACUCUUAUGCACCUUACCAGCGCUGAGCUACAACUACGCAAAUGGCCAACAAUUUGCACCUGUAGGCUGUGUGGUUACUCGUUACAUCCUCCAUGUUAACCUGUAUGCCAGCAUCCUCUUCAUGGUGUGGGUGGGUGUGGACCGAUUAUUACUGCUGUGGUACCCACAACGCAAUCACUUCCUUUUGUCUUGCAAGGCCUCGUUGUUCAUCAGCUUCCUGAACUGGAUCUGGGUGACUAUUGAGAUUACUCCUCUAAUCAUAUUUGUUAUUAAUGACAUAACGAGCACUAACGGGACCAAGUGCAAUGAUUUCGCUAGCAUGAAACCACACAUCCCUGUUCUAGACUACUGCUUGUUACUCACCACUGUAGCAUACGUGCUGCCACUACUGACCUUGUUUCUUUUAACAAGUAAGAUGAUUUCUCUGCUCAAGGAGAGAGAGCACGUGCUUGGGACAUCCUUCCAAAGGCCAAUGAACAUCUUAAAGACUGUGACUGUAAUGGGGCUGGUGCUUUACUUGCCACUUCAUCUGAUGAGAACCAUGGUCCUCGCUUCACACUCUACUAAAUUGGAAAAGUGUACAAAAGUCUACAUCCAUGCUGCGUUCAUAAUAACAAGGCCGAUUGCAUUUUCUCACAGUCUCAUAAACCCUGUGUUUUAUGCCCUAAUGACAGAACGGUUUCGAGAGAUCCUGCAGGACAAGUGGAGAAAGUUUGGAUACUUGACAAUAUGUAGAAGAUUGUCAUAA